AUGGCCUACACCGCGUACGAACUGCCUUCACCUCCGCGGAACAAGCCAUCCGUACCAUUCAUUCUCCCUUCCCCAGAAUCCACCAUGUCCUCCCAUCCCGCGCCCUCUUUCCAUAGGCGUGCCGUACCAGUAGACGUCUUCACGAAGCCGACGAACAGUCACCAUCCACCAAGAAAGUCCGUUUCGCGUUCGGUCAGUUCAUGUGGCGCGAGACAGGCCCGCGGUGGCGCUGGAAGCAGCAGCACUCGGGUGGCGGACGCGUCGAUACCUCAUCUUCGAGAGGCCCUUUCCACUCUCGAAACGAAGAUGGCGUCCCUCAUGAGCGAACGCGACGCGCUCGAAUCGCGUCUCGAACAAGCCGUUCGUCUCCAAUCGCCCAUUCAACGUUUGCCUAGCGAACUCCUCGCCUCCGUAUUCACGAUCGGCGUCCUGGACAUGCACGAAGAAGACCCACUGAUGCUCUCGAAUCUCAUGCUCGUGUGCCGCUACUGGUCCGACGUCGCCACCAACACUCCCCUCCUCUGGUCCCGUAUCGUCGUCGGAAACCACGACUCGCUCGAGAAAGCCCGACGACGACUCUCGCGCGCGAAAUCCGUUCCGUUGGACGUGAGCAUCAGUUUCAGCCCACAGAUGGAUGAUGGAGGCGCGACGAUGGAGAGUCUAAUUCGUGCGAUGGAGAUGCUGCACCCUUCAAUUCCGAGAUGGAGGUCCUUCCGGCUCUCGGUUCCUAAUCGGCCUCAGGCCCAUGCGGCGCUUAGUCGAUGUCGCGAGAGAGCCCCUAUGUUGGAGCUGUUACAGGUGAAGAUACACCAUUCGAUGCAGGAGGAUCUCUACUCGUCGGCACCGUUGCCGUUGUUCGGCGGGGAUAUUCCAUCAUUGAGGACGUGUUCGUUCAAUUCCUUCAAUUUCGGGUGGGAUACGGGGAUGGUGAGCGGGUUGAGGGUGUUGGAGCUGGGAGGGUAUUGGAACGGGUAUGCACCGUCAGUGUCCAUCAUUCUUACCAUCCUGCGUUCAUGUCCGGAUCUGGAAGAGUUCGCCCUGCGGAAUAUGUCCGACGUCGAUGUAGACUCCAUCGCGAUGUUCGAACGCGACUCCUCGGGUGCCACCGCCACACAUAACGCCUCUUCUCCCAAUGCCAUAUCAACGUCGAAUUCACGGCAUCGGUCCUACUCCUCACAGAUCGUUCAUCUACCACGGUUGACAAGAUUGUCGCUUUACUAUGCUGGUAUCCACCGAGCGCGGUCUAUUCUCAGUCAGGUGGCGUUGCCGUCCUUGGAGAGGUUAGAGCUAUGCUAUAUGGACAAUGUGACGCCGAUCCUGAAACAUCUGAAGCGACAAUCUUCGUUUACUUCGUUACCUCUGCGACAUUUGAAGAUUGAGGUCUCAUUAUAUAGCGAGAUGGAUCUCGUAGGGUUUUUGUGUAGGACGUCGUCGUUAGUCAGUCUCGAGCUGGUGGAUGUAGAGGACUCGACCUCGAAGUUGCUCAGGUCCCUUUCGACGCCCUCGGCACCACAAUCAUGGACCUGUCCCAAGCUCGAGCGAUUAAGCCUCGAGGGAUGUACAUCGUUCGACUGGGAUGCCCUCCGCACACUCGUCGAAUGUCGUCUUCCCUCGACACUUUCUCAGUCUCCAUCCCACUCAUCCACCCGACCACGAAACUUCCUCUCCAUCCCCACACCACCAUCACCAUCCAACCCCGCGGCAGGUUACUCCAACUCCACGACCCCAACACCUCUCCGCCACACGAGCCUCCAUUCGUCGUCGCACCCGCCUCGGAGCGUUCCGUCGCACGUCAAUUACCCCUCACAUCAUCCACAACCUCAACCCCAACAGCAGCAGACACAGCAUAAUCAUGGAGGAAUGGGAAAUCGGUCGCAUAGCGCUCCGCCGAAGACGACGAUCCCGGGCGUGUGGCCCGUGAGACUGAAGAGCGUGGAUGUGACGCGGUGUCAUCAGGUUAGUAAGGAGAUGGUGCAGUGGUUGAGGAUGUCGGUCGCGGAGGUGAAGUGUGAUGCGAAGAGGCCGUGGGGGGAGUCGACGUUCUUGUGA